UAAUACAGUCCUGUGUAAAAGCUACUCCUACUGCAGAAACUACUUCAAAAAGGAGGAAAUGUGAAGUACGAGAAGCAGAGGUUUUGGAGCCAAAGGAUCUGACUUCACGAGCCAUGUUUCCCGCCACGCAGAUUAAAAUGAGCACGUCUCCUGCGACGUCACCGACCAUGUCCAACUCGUCGUCACCCACCCCCACCCCGCCCUCCCACCCCCAGCUGAACUACAACCACAAGAUCACGGGCAUCCCCUGCGUAGCCGCCGCCUCCCGCUACACCGCCCCCGUCCACAUCGACGUCGGCGGCACCAUCUACACCUCCUCCCUGGAGACCCUUACCAAAUACCCUGACUCCAGGCUCGCCAAGCUGUUCAACGGCAGUAUCCCCAUAGUCCUGGACUCCCUGAAGCAGCACUACUUCAUCGACCGUGACGGCGGCAUGUUCAGGCAUAUCCUCAACUUCAUGCGCAACUCGAGGCUCCUCAUCCCCGAUAACUUCGCGGACAUUGACCUGCUACUGGAGGAAGCCAAGUACUUCGAUAUUGCACCGAUGUGCAGGCAGUUGGAGCAGCUGAAGAAGGAGAGACAGAAGAGCCCGAGCCCGGUGGUCGUGAAGAGUUGUCCGCCUCAGGGGAACGGGGAGGACAAGGAUAGAGGAGGACUGACAGGACACACGAGCUACGAGUGCGUGGCUCUACACGUCAGUCCGGACCUGGGCGAGCGAAUCAUGUUGUCCGGAGAGCGAGGUCUGCUGGACGAGGUUUUCCCCGAGACAAACCAAGCACUGUUGGAUGCUCGGUCCAGUGUAGCCUGGAAUCAGCACGACACGCGACAUGUGAUCCGCUUCCCCCUGAACGGCUAUUGCAAGCUGAACAGCGUCCAGGCAGUAACCAGGCUGCUGAACGCAGGGUUCAAGGUGGCGGCCAGCAACGGUGGCGGAGUCGAAGGCCAGCAGUUCUCAGAGUAUCUGUUUGUGCGCAAAGUGUGAGCCUGAUCCCGGCUGUGAAGGUGUCCUAGAAACUAAACAGUCAAGAGCGUCCUCUUCGAUUACCUGUGCAAUAAACGCGUCUUGUGUGGCGAACACAACAGCUUUAACGUUUUGUAUUAUAGUACUCAUGUAACUUUAUUCCUUUUAGACAAAGAACCAGCUGUAAGAGUACACUUCACUUAGGGGUGUACUGUAUUUCUAAACUGUCUUGUGAACAUCUAAAUCCACUUUCUUUGCAGCAGGUAUUUACUUACAGGGUAAAAAGCCAUGAUGAUGUGUCUGUGAUACUGAGGUGAAGUCCAUAUCAUAAAACCAUCACAUUUAAUCUAAAGUAGAAGUCUGUAUGUUCAUCAGAGAUCAGAUGAAGACAACUAGAUAGUUAUAAGAUGUAGGAAAUUUUUAAAAACACUAGUUUACAAGUUCGGUGUAAAAUAUGAACUGUUUAUGUUAAUUGUUAUUUAGGAACAAGCCGAAGCUAAUGUAUAGCUUCAUUUUUAGUUUGGAAUAGAAGUAACAGUUUCAUUCAUUUGUCAUGUUUCAUUUGAACUCCUCAUGUUGUGUUCAUAGGUCUAAGUAGAUUAAUUUCACUGAUUACUGUAGUUUUGUUCCGAUUAUAACAGCACAGUAGAUCUGCCAACACGAUCACACAUAUUAAAGCCUAUUCUUUCUUCCAUUUUUACAAUAUUAUUUUCAAUUUAUUGUUUUCACUGUUGAAGAGUUUCUUUAAGAUUGUACAUAGCUGAGUAAUUAAUGUUUUUUUGUGUUUAUAGUAGUAUAAAAAUCCUGUGUAAAUAUCAUGUAUAUGAAUUUAUUAUCUCAUGACUUUAUAUUUCGUUGAUAUAGAUAGGUAUGACUUAAUAUUAAAAUGUAUUUAAUAAUGUUAAUUGUUUGGAAGUUUAGUUAAAAGUUAUUAUUUCUGUUGUUAGUAUUAUUUUGAGCAUUCUAAAUCAAAGUUUGUCUGUACAAAGUAAAAUUUAGUCGUCUGUCGUAGUUCCUGUGUUAUACCACUUCAGCUCGUAAUCUACACAUUUUGUCAUCAGAGAACAUUUGCUGCAUUAUUUGUUCUAUCUUUUACAGAUAAGGUUCAAUACCGGCAUUGUCCUCUCUCUACUCAUCAUUAUGACACCCUAUGGAAAUUGCAAGUUCUAUAAUAAUCAAAAAGCACUACCAUAAAAACCUUGUAGUUUCCUUGUUGUUUCUUGUUUUACGUUACUAAAAAUUUGAUUUUAGGAGACUGAAGGCAAAAAAUUUGUAUUUUUUAAAAUUUUGUAGCUAAAACAAACAAAAAUUUGGAAGCGUAAAAGGAGGUACAGAUCAUAGAAAAUAUACAAGUCUACAAAAAUAUUAAAUGAUGAACUGUUGCGGUGAAAGUCAAAUAUUUCCAAACCGCUGUAACAGUAAUUUGAGUAACUUGAGGUUAUAUUUUAUUUGAAUGUACAAUUUUAUUAAAUACCUGAUAGUGUUUAGUGCAAACUUUCUAUUGGACGUGGAAAUUUAAAAUUUAUACAACAUUAAUUGAAAAUUUUUCAAUUUUAUUGUUAAGUACACUAUACAUUUUUAAACAAACAGUGAUGACAUUAAUAGACAGAUAAACUAGCCUGCUAGAAUGAAAAAGUAUUUGAUGUCUUGCCCAAGUCUUAUAAUCCAUAAAAUAUAUUUUUCUUUCUCUUUUGUUUAUCAUAACUGUGAUAAUAAUUUACUCCUAUCAUCACGAGAAUUUCCACUCACAGACUCAAUUGUGUUAAAAAAUAUAGAAUUAAUGAAUUAGCAUUUAGUUCUGAAGUAGUACUUAUGUAAAUACAUUUUGGUGUAUUACUAUAAAAAAUUUGUUUUACGUCCGGAAAAAUAUGGAAAUUAAGCAAUCAAAUAAUAGCAGCAAAUGUGCCGACACAAUGUCAAUACAAUAGUUUACUAUUACAUGGAUGAUUAUCUGGUCUUUUUAAAUAGACAGUUAACUGACUGUUGAUUUGAAUAAAUUCUUUU